CGCUGCCAUUACCUUACACAACGUAGCAUGGCUCUCCAAUGAUGCGGACAGGUCUACAUCUUUUAUCACAAGAAAUAUUGUAUUCGUGGUAUUAACACGUUUUUGACAAGCCAUCAGAUGCAGAAUACACUAGACAUGGCUGCGGGAGCGGAAUUUGAUGAAGACGAGGAGGAGCCUUCGUUUAGCGACCCCGAGGACUUCGUGGACGACAUCGAGGAUGAAGAGCUCUUGGCAGAUGUUCUGCGGGAGAAGCCGCUGGAGGCCGACGGUAUCGACUCUGUGGUGGUGGUGGACAACGUGCCCCAGGUCGGCCCCGAGAGACUUGAGAAGCUCAAAAACGUCAUUCACAAAAUUUUCUCUAAGUUCGGCAAAAUCACCAAUGAAUUUUAUCCAGAUACAGAGGGUACAACAAAAGGGUACAUUUUCCUAGAAUAUGCUAAUCCGAACCACGCCCUAGAGGCUGUAAAGAACGCUGAUGGCUACAAGCUCGACAAACAACAUACAUUCAGAGUAAACCUCUUCACAGACUUUGACAAGUACAUGAAUAUCUGUGAUGAAUGGGAGACUCCAGAAAAACAGCCAUUCAAGGACUUUGGUAACAUGCGGCACUGGAUUGAGGAUCAAGACUGUCGGGAUCAGUACAGUGUGAUCUAUGAAUCAGGCGAGAGGACGGCCAUAUUUGCCAAUGAUCCUAAAGAGCCAAUCGUUGCUGAGGAGAGAGCACGCUGGACAGAGACCUACGUCCGUUGGUCGCCCAAAGGCACAUACCUGGCCACCUUCCACCAGAGAGGCAUUGCAUUAUGGGGAGGCGAGAAGUUCAAGCAGAUCCAGAGGUUCAGUCACCAGGGUGUGUCCCUCAUCGACUUCUCGCCCUGUGAGAGGUACGUGGUGACGUUCAGUCCCCUGUUGGACACCAAGGAGGACCCACAGGCCAUCAUCAUCUGGGACAUCCUGACUGGACAGAAGAAGAGAGGGUUCCACUGCGAGAGCUCCGCACACUGGCCCAUCUUCAAAUGGAGUCAGGAUGGGAAGUUCUUUGCUAGAAUGACCCAAGACACGCUCAGCAUCUAUGAGACGCCGUCUAUGGGCCUGCUCGAUAAGAAGAGUCUCAAGAUCAAUGGAAUUAAGGAUUUCUCGUGGUCGCCGGGUGACAACAUCAUUGCGUUCUGGGUCCCGGAGGAUAAGGACAUCCCGGCGCGCGUGACACUGAUGCAACUGCCCUCGCGUCAGGAGAUCCGCGUCAGGAACCUCUUCAACGUGGUGGACUGCAAGCUGCACUGGCAGCGCAACGGAGACUACCUGUGCGUCAAGGUGGACCGCACACCCAAGGGAACACAGGGUGUGGUCACAAAUUUUGAAAUCUUCCGCAUGAGGGAAAAGCAGGUGCCCGUAGACGUGGUGGAAAUGAAAGAGAGCAUCAUAGCGUUUGCGUGGGAGCCCAACGGUAGCAAGUUUGCCGUCCUUCACGGCGAGUCUCCCCGGAUCAACGCCUCCUUCUACCACGUGAAGAACAACGGCAAGAUCGAUCUCAUCAAGAUGUUUGACAAGCAGCAGGCCAACAGCAUCUUCUGGAGCCCUCAGGGACAGUUCAUGGUUCUAGCCGGACUAAGGAGUAUGAAUGGCGCUCUUGCGUUCGUGGACACGUCGGACUGUACCAUGAUGAACAUCGCUGAGCACUACAUGGCGUCGGACGUGGAGUGGGACCCCACGGGACGCUACGUAGUCACGUCCGUCUCCUGGUGGAGUCACAAGGUGGACAAUGCCUACUGGUUGUGGACUUUCCAAGGGCGUCUUCUACAGAAAAACAACAAGGAUCGUUUCUGCCAGCUGCUAUGGAGACCACGUCCACCAACUCUACUGAGUAAUGAGGAAAUCAAGAAUAUAAAGAAGGACCUGAAAAAGUAUUCCAAGAUUUUCGAGCAGAAAGAUCGCCUCAGCCAGUCCAAGGCCUCCAAGGAGCUGGUGGACAAGCGUCGGCUGAUGAUGGAGGAGUACCGGAAUUACCGGGAGCGCGCAAUGCAGGCCUACAACGAUCAGAGGGAGCUCCGCCUUCAGCUACGAGGAGAUGUGGACACAGAUGAGCUGGAAAGUAACGUGGAGGAUUGGGAGGAGGAGACCAUCGAGUUUUUCAUUAACGAAGAGAUCAUUCCUUUAGGAGACUUGGAGUAGGCCUAUUUUUAAAUGACCGAUGCCAUCUUAGGCACACACCCAGUUACCUGGUGAAGGACAUGUUUUAAAGAAAAAGAAGAAAGAGGGAAAAAAAACUCUUCUUCAUCUUGGAUUAGGUUGUGUGGUUAAACACUACGGCUGUAUUUGAAAUAAAUCUUUUAAAUUAA